UCGGCUGUAGACCCGGCCCUCUGUAUAUCACUGUAUUGACGUGUUGUUAGCAAAUGGGAGCAGAACGUCCGAUCCUUCGCAUGAGGGGGUCAUUCUGACUACAGGGCCGAUCCUUCGCCUGAAGAGGUCAUUCUGACUGCAGUUGCCACUUGUUGCUAAACCCUUCAGGGCUUCAAUACUCGACCACCGCAAAUACAUUGAUAGCCUACACUUUAAUCCUACACGUUAAUCUAUUCUCUCCAAUAGAGACGCGGAUCUCGAUGUUGAAUCAGGAUUCAGGAAUACUCCCACAACUAACAUUGAAAGGAGAUACUUUGUCAACUGUUUGAUAUUUCGGUCUAAUCUGACGGGCGAAGCAUGGUUGAUAAUACCAGUAUAGCAACUAAAUCUGCUUUGCAAGCAGCGUUCUCCUCGCCCAACAACCUCCCCCUGCUCGUCUCCUCUGCCUCCACACACAGCCACUUCCCCGGCUCACACUCACAGUCCCAACAGCCCAGCAGCGGAGGCAUGAAGCUAGAGGCGGUCAUGGAAAACCUCCAAAGACAGCAGGCUGCCCGCCUGGCGUUGGAAGAGAAGCUUCGUCAGGCAGAGAAAGAGAAGGAUCUCCGCUCCAUGGUCGAGUCCCAGAUACACCAACAAGCCCUCGCUUUCCACCACUACCAGGCAGCGGUCCGGGGCGCUUUCGCCGCGGGAGUAGCGAACUCUUCUCCCAGCUUGGCGAGAUCCGCUGAACCGGGACUGGCUGUCCAUCACAGUUUCGACCCCCGCAGGCACUCAGAGAGAGCCGACGACUCCGAUAUGGAUGAUGAUCCAGAGGGGAUGGACCGAUGCAUGAAUGAUGACAUGGACAACGAAGGAGUCGUGGAUGAUGAGGAUGAAGAGGACAUGGAGGGGGCUCUCAGCCACUACCAGCCCCACAACCCCAUGCGCCCCGGUGCGGGACACUCUCCGAAGGGCACCCCGGUGCAGUUCAUGUCUAUAAUUCCCCCCUCCUUCGUUGCGCCCCGGCGGUUGGAAUCCCCGGGCGGGAUGGCACCACAGUCUCAGAACCACGAAUGGACUUACGAGGAGCAAUUCAAACAGUCAGGACAAGGCAGUGCACCAGAGAGGAAGCUGGGAAAUUCAAGUGUCGGUAUCGGUGGCGGCUCCUCGUCUCUGAUUCAGGAGUUGUACGAGUUGGAUAACGAUGACAAGAGGAAAGAGUUUCUUGAUGACCUCUUCAGUUUUAUGCAGAAGAGAGGGACUCCAGUGAAUCGUAUUCCUAUCAUGGCCAAGCAGGUGUUGGAUCUGUACACGCUCUACAAGCUGGUCACAGAAAAAGGCGGCUUAGUGGAGGUCAUCAAUAAGAAAAUAUGGCGUGAGAUCACCAAAGGCCUCAACCUCCCUACCUCCAUCACCAGCGCAGCGUUCACCCUGCGAACACAGUAUAUGAAGUACCUCUACCCUUACGAAUGUGAAAAGAGGGGCCUGAGCUCCCCCGGAGAGCUCCAGGCAGCUAUCGACAGCAACCGCCGUGAGGGACGUCGUCAGAGCUACGGGUCGGCCAUCUUUAACUACUCUCCAAUGGGGACAUCCUCCAUCGUCUCCUCCUCCAAGAUGAACAUGCCUCACCUGGCCAUGUCCACCCUCAAUGGAGCACAUGUGACCCAGGGACACAACAUCAAGAAAGAGGAUGGUCUGAUGGCGGGUUGUCUGUCGGGUCGUGUGGGGGGGAUACCCAUGUCUCUGGGAGGUCACCCCCAAGCCCCGGCAGCUCAGGAGGCUGCAGGGCUACAGGCUGCAGCGUUGGAGCAGCUGAGGCAGAAGCUGGAGAGCGGGGAGCCGCCGGAGAAGAUGGGGAUGGCCGAGGAGCAACAGAGACUCAUGCAGCACGCGGUGCAGCAGAACCUCCUCGCCAUGGCAACACAGCUUCCCAUGAACAUCAAGAUCAACAACCGAGCGGAGCGGAUGAGAGAUGACAGACAAGAGACUCCAUUGAACCUGUCUACCAGCGGCAUUAGCAGCAUCAACAUGUCAAUAGAAAUAGAUGAAGUUGUCUACACAGGUGUUCUGUUUGCCAGGAAGCCCUCCCUCCCUACGAUGCUGGGCGGUCACCGGGUCCAGAACCAGAAUGACACCUUCUCUCAGGGAAAGACCAGUCCGGGGAUGAACUCCUCCUCCAUACAGAUCCAACCGUCCUGCUCCUCUUCCUCCUCCUCAUCCUCGGUCCACGGACAUGGAAACUCCUCCCCCUGAGCUGAGACCCACUCACAGCUCCACCCGCUAACCCCCCUGCCCCCAUCAUUCCCCAAAGACAACAAGCGGUCUGAGAUACCAGAAGAAAAUACUUCUAUUGUUUUUGAAGGUGGUUUUUCCCUUCCUCCUCCUCUUCCUCUUUCUCCUCCCUUUCUCAAACUCCCUUAUUCAAGUUGAAAGAAUGAAAAUAAAAAGUUUUAUUUACUGAGAAAAUACUUCUGUAGAAAAAUCAAAUUCUCUCUUGCUCUAUUCUCUUUCCUUCCUCUGAACUCUGACCUCUGAACUCUGACCUCUGAAUGGUAUGUAGAGGACCUCUGAACCCUGUGUGUAUUCAGAUACAUUCUGCUGUCUUUGUCGUGUUUCCUGAGAACAGCUGCUCAGUUUGGAGCAGUGUAAACAUAUAGGUAAAGAUAUACGUGGUGACACAUCAUUAGACGCAAGGAACUGUGGGACAAAGACACCGAGAGACUGAGACAUGUUGGCUCUCUGUCUGUCUGUCUGUCUGUCUGUCUGUCUGUCUGUCUGUCUGUCUGUCUGUCUGUCUGUCUGUCUGUCUGUCUGUCUGUCUGUCUGUCUGUCUGUCUGUCUGUCUGUCUGUCUGUCUGUCUGUCUGUCUGUCUGUCUGUCUGUCUGUCUGUCUGUCUGUCUGUCUGUCUGUCUGUCUGUCUGUCUGUCUGUCUGUCUGUCUGUCUGCAGCUCCUCCAACAGAAGAGAGGAUUCUUGACCUCGUACCCGAAGAGAGAAAUGCUUGUUAACCUGUAGCAGGGUUGGGGGUCAAUUCCAUUUUAAAAUCGUCAAUUCAGAAAAUAAACCAAAAUUCUAAUUCCACAUUUUCCUAAUUGAAAAGCAUUAAAGAGAGUUAGCAUUCAGUGUACUUCCUGAGUUUUCUGGAAUAGAAAUGGAAUUGACCCCAACCCUGAUCUGUAGUAUGGCUUGUUUGAAACCUCUGCUAGGCAUGGGAGGCCAUUUCAUUGUCACUGAAAAUCUUUAGUUUUCUUCUUGUUUUUGAUCACAAACCAGAGAAGAUUGCUACUUUAAGCUAAUAACCAAAGAAAAACAAGAGUAAUCAAUGAAAAGAAAGUAAAGAAUAAAAACUAUAACAUACACAGACAGCACAGAUACAAUAGUGGAACCAAAUGACCAAACUAAGGACAUACUGUAUAUCACAAGCACAUCCUGACUAAGCACAUCUCACAGAAUCAGGGAAACGUAAUUCCUUCUUUCUUUCUUUUAGAACAUAUCGUGUUAUCUAUCUAUCUAUUAUCUAUCUAUCUAUUAUCUAUCUAUCUAUUGAAGCUCUGAUCAAUCGAUGCUGCUCGCUAUAUCAACACAUUGUUUAAUGCUGUGGGACAAUAGCUAGAGCGUCAAGACAUGCCUUCGUCAGUAAAGAGGUAAACCAAAUAGCCUAGUAACCUAGAGCGUUCGACACUGUCGGUCCUGGUCAGAGCCUCUUAACGAAGCCUUCUCACAGAAGAGAGAUUGCACGAUGGCUCUGAUUAAAUAUGAUGUUGCGACACAUUCGACAUUGAUUUAAGCUCACACAUAGUAUGAAUAAUUUAUUACCAGCAACGUUUUCUGGUGAAGGCGUUAUCUUUGCAAUCAGACGGAAACAUACCUGCUGGUAGGACUAUCCCCUGGUGGGUGGUUCUAGUUAGUCCUGGGAGCCCAAUCUGUAGACCAGUUCAACAUAUUACUCAGCACAAGGAGAUAUGUGGGUUAAACACAUAAUGUAGAACAGCAGAACGAGGCUGUAGGUGUUGGAGCACUGAUCUAAUCAUCAAUCACACAGUGGCUUUAUCUAGUGACUGGCACCCCGUCUUUCUUUUGAAGUGCACUUGUGUCUGACAUUGGAGAGUUUCUCCAUACUCACUAUUUCCCUCUCUUUGUCCCUCUCUCUCUCUCCCUCUCUUUGUCCCUCCCUCCCUCUCUCUCU